GACACAGCAGCGAUAGACUCCCUUCCCUUCCCUUCCCUUCCGUCCAUCAAGGGAAGGCACCGCCGCCGGCAUGGAAAGUACAGGCUACUUGUGGGCAAUUUCAGCAGGUCUCAACGCCGCUCUUGCCGCCAUUUCUGCUAAACUCUUCUUUUCUCAGUUUAUUAGAAUUGGAUUCAUCAUAUUAUUCAAUGUGACAAUGUGGGGAUGCUACGUUAACAGCCUCAAAGCUCUCUCAUCCUUGCAAGCUACUGUGACCAACUUUGCUGCUAAUUUCCUCACGUCUGGUCUCGCGGGAUUCUUUUUGUUUGGGGAAGCAUUAUCAUUUCAGUGGUUUGCAGGUGCCUUGUUCAUUGUAAUCGGUGUACUUAUCCUCAGCAAGUCGAAUGUAGAAAGGAAGACAAAUACCGAUUAGAGUUCCUGCUAAUGCUUCUGCUUCUGUUGCUCACUUUUGCUAGUCAUGGAUCUCUCUUGUAUUGUAGUUGUGAUUUUUGGAUUAUUUUGUAUUGAGUAUAGUUGAAAGCAAAAUUUCCUAUCAAGUUAUCAACAAUUUGUGUUUCUUGCUCAUGUUUAUAUUUCAAUAAAAUUAGAGCAAGGUA